UCGAGCAGCUUCCUGUUCAGCGAACACUCACACUUCCUCCACUACAGCAACACUUUGCUUGACUACUUUGACGCUCUCAGACAGAUUGUAGGCUAUAUGUUCAUACAAACCCUGCCACUGAAGAUAGUAUGUUUGGUGUCUGAGACAGUGAAGGGGCCAGAAUGCAGAGCAUCAAGUGUGUGGUGGUAGGAGACGGUGCAGUGGGGAAGACCUGCCUCCUUAUCUCCUACACCACCAACGCCUUCCCCAAGGAGUACAUCCCCACUGUGUUUGACAACUACAGCGCCCAGGUGACUGUGGACAGCAGGACUAUUAGCCUCAACCUGUGGGACACAGCAGGCCAGGAGGAGUACGACCGCCUGCGCACCCUCUCCUACCCCCAGACCAACGUGUUUGUCAUCUGCUUCUCCAUUGCCAGCCCCCCCUCCUUUGAGAACAUCAAGCACAAGUGGCACCCAGAGGUCACCCACCACUGUCCCAAUACGCCCAUUCUGCUGGUGGGCACCAAGAAGGACCUGCGUAAUGACCCGGAGGUGUUGAAGAAGCUAAAGGAUCAGAACCAGAUGACCAUCACCCAACAGCAGGGCACCGCCCUGGCCAGGCAGAUCCAAGCCAUCAAGUACCUCGAAUGCUCUGCCCUCAACCAAGAUGGAAUCAAAGAAGUGUUCGCUGAGGGUGUGCGAGCCUUUCUCAACCCACAACCUGUCGCCACCAAGAAACCCUGUGUGCUAUUAUAAAGGCAGUAGGAAACCCUGUGUGCUAUUAUAAAGGCAGUAGGAAACCCUGUGUGCUAUUAUAAAGGCAGUAGGAAACCCUGUGUGCUAUUAUAAAGGCAGUAGGAAACCCUGUGUGCUAUUAUAAAGUCAGUAGGAAACCCUGUGUGCUAUUUUAAAGGCAGUAGGAAACCCUGUGUGCUAUUAUAAAGGCAGUAGGAAACCCUGUGUGCUAUUAUAAAGGCAGUAGGAAACCCUGUGUGCUAUUAUAAAGGCAGUAGGAAACCCUGUGUGCUAUUAUAAAGGCAGUAGAAAACCCUGUUUGCUAUUGUAAAGGCAGUAGAAAACCCUGUGUGCUAUUGUAAAGCCAGUAGGAAACCCUGUGUGCUAUUGUAAAGGCAGUAGAAAACCCUGUGUGCUACUGUAAAGGCAGUAGGAAACACUGUGUGCUAUUGUAAAGGCAGUAGAUAACCCUGUGUGCUAUUGUAAAGGCAGUAGGAAACCCGGUGUGCUAUUAUAAAGGCAGUAGAAACCCUGUGUACUAUUGUAAAGGCAGUAGGAAAUCCUGUGUGCUAUUGUAAAGGCAGUAGUAACCCUGUGUACUAUUGUAAAGGCAGUAGAAACCCUGUGUACUAUUGUAAAGGCAGUAGAAACCCCUGUGUGCUAUUGUAAAGGCAGUAGGAAACCCUGUGUGCUAUUGUAAAGGCAGUAGGAAACCCUGUGUGCUAUUAUAAAGGCAGUAGAAACCCAGUGUACUAUUGUAAAGGCAGUAGGAAACCCUGUGUGCUAUUGUAAAGGCAGUAGGAAACCCUGUGUGCUAUUAUAAAGGCAGUAGAAACCCAGUGUACUAUUGUAAAGGCAGUAGGAAACCCUGUGUGCUAUUGUAAAGGCAGUAGGAAAUCCUGUGUGCUAUUGUAAAGGCAGUAGUAACCCUGUGUACUAUUGUAAAGGCAGUAGAAACCCUGUGUACUAUUGUAAAGGCAGUAGAAACCCCUGUGUGCUAUUGUAAAGGCAGUAGGAAACCCUGUGUGCUAUUGUAAAGGCAGUAGGAAACCCUGUGUGCUAUUAUAAAGGCAGUAGAAACCCAGUGUACUAUUGUAAAGGCAGUAGGAAACCCUGUGUGCUAUUGUAAAGGCAGUAGGAAACCCUGUGUGCUAUUGUAAAGGCAGUAGGAAAUUCUGUGUUCUAUUAUAAAGGCAGUAGGAAACCCUGUGUGCUAUUGUAAAGGCAGUAGGAAACCCUGUGUUCUAUUAUAAAGGCAGUAGAAAUCCUGUGUGCUAUUGUAAAGGCAGUAGGAAACCCUGUGUGUGUCACGUUCGUCGUAAUAAUGGUCAGACCAAGCUGCAGCGCGAUAUGGUUUCCACAUCAUUUAUUAAAGUGAAAAAACAAAACAAAUAAAGACACAAACAACGAAACGUGACCAACGACAUGCUACGUGCACCAACUUAAAACACAGAAACAUAAACAAUAUCCCAUAACCCACAGGUGGAAAAAUGCCACUUAAGUAUGAUCCCCAAUUAGAGACAACGAUUAACAGCUGCCUCUAAUUGGGAAUCAUACACAAACACCAACAUAGAAAAUUAAACCUAGAACCACACAUAUAAAUAAUAAACUAGACUAAAACCCCUAGUCACGCCCUGACCUACUCUACCAUGCAGGCUUUGUGUGCUAUAAAGAGUGUGCUAUUAUUAAGGCAGUAUGAAACCCUGUGUGCUAUUGUAAAGGCAGUAGAGAUACUAUCACAGAUGCAUAUCCAAUAGAACAAUAUUAAUUAAUUUAAUGUCUGUUAAACAUUUGAGUUGAUUUUAUUGUUAAAUAUGUUUUUGUUGUACUGCCAUUAACAAACACUGUGAUAUCAAGACUUCAUUAAGAAAAAAGGGGAUCUUUGAGGCAUUGGCUCAAGAUGCAUGCUUCAAAACUGACCCAAUGUUAGGUAGGCGAGAAGGGCCUUGCUCAAACUUUGUCUGUCAGAAUCCUUGCUUUUGUAUAUCCAUUAUUUUGCCCUCUUCCUUUAAAGCAAUUGACAAACAAAGCCUGAGACUUGAUGGGAGAUACAUUCUCUCAUGUAUCUGUGUUUGAAUAAUUGUCAAAUUUGGACAUGUAUGGCCUUUACAAAAGUAAUUAAAUAAUGCACGUGUAAAAAUAUAAUAUCAGAAAUUUAAUUUACUGCAGUGGGCGAAAACAGGAUCACACAAUGUUUCUUAGUAGUCUUAAACAAAUCUACUUUGAAACAAAAGUAUAGACCUACGGGCUUAAAAAAAGAAGACGCCUGUACCAUGUCCGAUAUAGAGUUGAAAUGUAUUCAAUUUUGAGUUUGCAUCCUAUUUUAAACGUUAUAACGUUAUAUCACAGAAGACUGAAAUAUAACAAAACCGUUUGACAUAGAAACACUGGAUUUCCGGCUGCUUUUUUAAAAUAAUGGCAACUUUAAAAAAAAAAAGAAUGUUUAUUAAUUAUGAAAAAUAUUAAUAUCAUUCCACCCAUGAAGCCACUAUGUCCUUUGACUGCAGGAAAGGGCUACAUACCAACUCUCCCAUUAUAUUUGUUUUACAAUGUACUGUAUAGUGGGUUUAAAACAUAUAUUUUUUUAAGCUAACAUAGAAGAAGGUUUUUCUACACCAUCAGUUUUUUUGUGUGCUGUGUGUGACUAUCACGCCACCAAGUUAGUGCUGUCUGAUUGUGUUGAAUACUGGACACAAAAGAGGAAAUGCAGAGAGGUCUUUGAUAAGAAAUGCAUAGGCUGAUUUUCCUAUUGCGGUCAUUAGUCAGUGUGUGUUUGAGAGAGAGAGAGAGAUCAAAAAAGGGAACCUGUUUGUAACUUCCCUCUGAAAGUCCAUAGCUUGCCGUCUAUUUUGUUAUGUUGGGUUGUUUUAAGGUUGUGUAACUAUGUUGAGAAGGCCUGGCCGUGACCCCACUCUCCGAGGGUUUCUCCGGGAGAGUUCGGAUAUGCAAAAAACACAUUUCCAAUUCACACAUGCUUAUUAAUACAUACAUGUGUGGAAUAGGACAAAUAUAAGCACCGACCAAAUGAUUAUUAUUACAUCUACUGUUAUAAAUGAGAGAUGGAAAUUGUGUACAAACUGUAGUGUAGAUUAAUGUGACAUAUCUUUAUUCUUAUCUUAAGCAACAUCAAAUAAAUGUGUCUCAAACUGAAAGAAACAAACCCAUUGAUCAAUGCAUCAAAUUAAAUUGAUACUUCAAGAAUACCGAUACCUUUCCAAGGGAGGCAUGGGAUGUCAUAGAACCAGCUGCUGAACAACGAUAAAGUCCCUGAUUUGCCUGAGAAUGGAAGUGAAAUUAUCCAGCUGGCUGUUACAGAGUUGUGAAAGAUGUGUUUUCAUGUGAUGCCCAAACAUCACUGUCCUCUCCCAUACUUCAGGCCACUGGACUCAUUUGACAGUGAAAUAAGGCCUCUGCUCUGGGUGCUGGAUACACAGACAACUCUUUGUGUGAGAACAGUAGAGGGACAUACAGAUAGAUCUCCUUACUGUUUUAGUACAGUAUAUAUUGUUACUGUAUACAACACCCCAAUCUACUAGUCUCUCUCUCUCUCUCUCUCUCUCUCUCUCUCUCUCUCUCACUCUCUCUCUACAAAUGAGGAAGAACAUUUAUUUGUAACUUCCUUAAUUUAGGUUGUGGACCUCACUGACUGACUGACUGACUCACUAAGCAUGUAAUGGUGGAACUCAACAUUUCCGAAAUAAUUGUUUAAUAAAGCUAAAUGUUUUCGCAAAAAA